AGCAGGGCACACAGAUUGGAAAAAAGAGACUGCGAUAACGAGGUGACUGUGACAAGAGAAUCUCAUCACCAAUCAUCAGAUCAUCACAGACCUGUCAAGAUGAAUCACAGCUCCAACGAGAAAGAACCAGAGACCAUAGAGCCACUGCGUUAUCUCAGUAAAACUGAGGUGUCGACCAUUGAGACAGAACUCCUGCGGGACUAUCGCUUCGGUCAGCAGCAGUUGAUUGAAAUAUGGGGCCAUGCAUGUGCUAUUGCCGUCACCAAGGCUUUUCCCUUGAGCUCUCUGAGUAAAAAGCAGCCCACCCUGUUGGUUGUUUGUGGUCCUGACCAGAAUGGCUCCGUUGGUCUGGUGUGUGCACGCCAUCUGCGCAUAUUUGAAUAUGAGCCCACCAUUUUCUAUCCCAAACGUUCCUCUCAGAGUUUGCACCAGGACCUCACCGUUCAGUGCGAGAAAAUGGACAUCCCGUUCCUCUCCUAUCUUCCGACGGAGGUCCAGCUGCUAAAUGAUGCGUACAAUCUGGUGAUUGACGCCAUCCUGGGACCAGAAACUGACCACAAGGAGGUGAAGGAGCCCUACGCUGGGAUGCUGGUGACUCUAAAACAGGUCAAAAUACCCAUCGUUAGUGUGGACGUGCCCUCAGGUUGGGAUGUGGAUGAACCUGGCAAAGAUGGGAUAAAUCCAGAAGUUCUUGUCUCCCUGACAGCCCCCAAAAAGUGUGCAGCAAGUUACUCGGGAAAGCAUUUUCUGGCGGGGAGAUUCCUACCCUAUGAUAUUCAGAAGAAAUACGAACUGAAUCUGCCUGAAUUCCCAGGCACAGAAUGUGUUAUACAACUGUAGCAAUUUAUUUAAAAAAAAAAAUCUGUAUUUUGAAUAAAAAAAUAUGUUUUUCCCCUUUUGUAUUUUAUAGAUUGUUCUGUGGCAUUCUGUUACUGACAAAUAUUAUUAUUGAUUAGAUAUUUUGGCUAGUUUAAAUGAGAUAGGUUUACAAUGAUGAAUAUGUUCAACAUUCAUGUCUGAGUUCUCAAAUUCGCCAGUAUACAAUAUUGUUCAAUACAUAUUAAUGUUGUCUUUUUAAUGUUGGAUAUAUACAAAGUGCAUUACCCUGACAGUGCCUCCUGUCUAAUGUAUUUGACAACUACCAAACCAAUGCUUUUCCACUGGAAUGUUACUCCAAUAGAAAUUAAUUCACCUGUACUUUUUUUUGGAAAGGUUGUGUAGUCUACAAUAGUCUGAGGCUGAAGAACAUAUAUGUGUAGAUAAUUUUGUUUUUACAUGUACAUGUUUUCAUUGUUUUUAUGAUGUAUGAAUUUGGGAAGUUGAGAAAUUAAAUUAUCUAUGUAUAAACUCUGUUCUCUAUGCAGUUGAUGAAAGGCAUAUGGGUUUGGAACAACAACAUUUCAUUUAUGGGUAAACUACCCCUUGAAAUUCAAAUGUUGGACAUUCAAAGACCAGUGGAUCUUGAAAACCCAUGGAUGUUAUUAUUUAGCUAGGUCUUGGAUAUACAAACUAUUGGAAACUGUGGUCCAUUAGCCAAUAUGUGGGAACAAGAGUAUAUUAUUUCUUUCCUGAGAUUUAUUCAAAAGUCAGGAAAAGGUGUGGGUGAUAUAAAGGAAUUUAUCUGUCUGAAACAACAACAGUUAGAGUAAUGUAGACAGGAAUACCAAAACAAUGUAAUGAUUCAUCACAAGUGCAUUAUAGGCCAUUUCAGGACACUCUGAUAUUCAUCAAAAGGUGUUCAUGAAGUCAUGCGAAAUAAAGGGGA